AUGACGCUUCCACAUACCGCGAAUCUCACCUUCGUCGUCAAUUCCCCAAGUCGCGUCGACACGCUCGGCGAGUUCGUGGGGGCCGAGCAGGUGCUUGCUUUCACACAUGGUCUUCACACCAUUUGCAGUUCCAUUCAACUCAGAGGGGCUACCACCGAGAAUCUCCGCUGCGGUGCUGCACAGAUUACCGUCAGAGAAUCCAGUGCACCACACGAUAGCAUCUGCGUCGACAGUGCUCCCGUCCGAGAAUCGAAGACCGGUCGCAGUAUACGCGACAGGCUCGACUCCCGCCUUCAUACCAGCCUUGCCUUCCACAAGCAGCUUGGUACCACCCACGUCGACGUAGUGCCCACCGGCCUUCUCGAGCAAGUUAUGCAUCAAGGCCGAGGUGGGGUGACUACUAUCAAGAACGGGGAAUCCGGCUGCCUCCAGAGCCUCAUACCGCUUCGGCUCCUUGGAUGCGAACAUCGCGAAUAG